ACUUCUCUUCUUUGCACUUUGUACUUUGCGGAGACAGAUUUCUGCUGACAGUGCAAACAAGUUUUACACUACUUUGCCGGGAAAUUUGACUGAGCUCCUGCACAGCUGCUGACAAAUGGCGAAAGGCAGAGGACGAAAGAGAAAGCUUGCUGUCAGUGAAGACAGCUCCUCCCAGAGCCAAGAGUCUCUGGGUCAGAUAGAAGAGUGCCCUCCACAAGCCAAGUACGUGCCACGGUUUCGAAGUGCUUUCAAGAAAGCCAAGUUGGACUUGAACCAAACAUGUUCGACUCAAGUACAAGAAGAUAGUUGCACACAACCUCAGGAAGACCUUACAAGAACUAUCUCAAAAGAACCGAUAUCAGCUACCCAACCAGUUUAUAUGUGUCAAAAGACAUCUGUUCAAGAUUGUGCAACGGUUCUUGCUUCUCCUCUCAGUGGUGGUGAUUCUCCUCAACCCUCCGACAGUAUCAUUCCAGGACUGAUUCUCUCCGAGGCUGAGGCCAAAACCGUGACCCAACCACCCACACCCCUAGCAAGUCCAACGACCAAAGACGGUGACUCUGCACCAACUACCGAUCCCAACCUUUUGAUUGACGCCCGUCCUAAAGAACACAUGAACCUUGAACUUCUAAACCCGUUCAGUGACAAAGAGAAUUUGAGUGCAGUGGAUAAUAUUGAACCUACAACUGUGAACGAUUAUUCAUUGAAUGAGAAGGCUCCUGUUGAAGUAAAACCUCUUAUAAAUGAGGGUGAACCCCUGCUUGUAUGUGAACCAAAUGAGGAUGCUACAAUACCUACUACACAAGACCUUCCACAAAACUCAGCCAACACAGACAGCCUUUACAACAACCACCAAGAUGAUGAAAAAACGAACAAAGACAAUGUAACUGACGAUGAAGACACUUUUGAAGGUAGUGUGAUAUGUGAUGAGGGAGGAGAAGAUGCCAGAGUGGUUAAGGAGAUGAUGGAACUAAGAGCUGAAGAUAUUGAGAGCCAGUUUGCAUUCAACAGUCCUGAUGUAGCUAUCGUACCGUCCACAUCACCAGCCACUAAAGUAGCAAAUCAUGGAGACGCAUAUUCAAAUAGUCAUAGACCUGGCUAUGUAUUCAACCAGGCUCCCCAGAGCACACAGAGCAACGAAGGAGGUCCUUUGAAGGGACUUAUUCAUGAAUUAUCAUCUAUCAAUCAAUACAUUCUACGCUGCAAGAGGGAGUUGGAGAGUGCCAGGAAACAGAGGGAAGUGUGGCUACGCUCAAGACAGCUACCACGCCAUAGAUAGAAACCUAUAGACUAAACAAAGUGCAUAUCUGAUCUUAUUAUCCCGAAAUCAUUAUUGUCUUGUUUACCACCACCAAAUACUGUUACAUGCUGAAUAUGAUUUUUAACAUUUUGUUGAUUAUCGACUAGUAUGGCAGUGUACAAUAACAAAUAUUAAGAAAUUCAUGAUAAAAGGAAUAUUAAAUGGUCAA